AUGUUACCCAUACACCAGUCCGCAAUUAAAGUUCCUCUUUCAGGUGGAGGUAACGUUAAGAUACCAACUGUGAAGUUAGAUUUCAAGGAAAAAGCAAAGCCGAAAAUCGAAGCUAAGUCGGAUUAUGUGCCACCGGUGCCGGAAAAGAAGAUGAUCUCACAAAAACUUAACUGGAAUGCACAAUCAAAGAUCGGCUCAUUGGACAAUGUAAAACAUAAGCCAGCAGGCGGUAAUGUGCAGGUACGCGACAAAUUUGUUCGA